AUGGAAGGGCCUCCGAGCCCACGGCAGUUUAAACCUCAUGUGCCGCUAAUCCCAUUACCUCCAGAGUCAGCUCCACGAGCAAUUCGGCGCGUUCCUGUUCUGAGAAGUUCAGAUAAAAUUCUUAAAUCAGGAAGAUUUUUACCAACACUUCCUAUUUUACCAGAACAAGGAUCUAGGAAUCCAAGAUUCAAGCAAAGAAACGCCAUUAAAACAGAAAUACCAAAAUCGACAAGAGUUUCAAUAAAUAGAUUACCAAAUUUGCCAAUUACUCCAGAAGAAGCAAAGAAAUCAUACAACGAUAUCUUGUCAUCAUUCGAGCAAUUCGAAAUCAAUCAGUUUCCUGAAAUUUAUUACAUAGGAAACGUAAAUAACAAGUUUACACAGAAUUUUGAUGAUAAAAACCACAGUUACAAAGUUAUUAUUGGUGAUCACCUUGCUUACAGAUACGAAAUUCUGCUGGUUCUUGGUAGCGGCGCAUUUGGAAAAGUUGUCAAGUGUUUUGACCACAAAAAUAAAGUUCUUGUUGCAGUUAAGAUCAUUAUAUCCACCCAGCAAAUGGCGGAACAGUCUAAAAUAGAAGCAUCUUCACUAGCAAAAGUAAAUAAAAUUGAUACAAAUAAUAUUGUUCGCGCGUACGAUUUCUUUGUAUUCAGAAACCAUCCUUGCAUUACAUACGAGCUAUUGGGAUCCAGUCUUCGAGGUCAGCGCGUUAUUACUCCCAGUAUUAAACCAAUUUGUUACCAAAUCUUUUCAGCUUUGGCAUCUCUCAAGAAAUGUGGAAUAAUCCACUGCGAUAUCAAACCAGACAAUCUAUUGUUCAUCCAGGAUACUACAAAAGUCAAAUUAAUUGAUUUUGGAACUUCUUGUAUUUCUGGACGACAAAUUUUCACUUAUAUACAGUCUAGAUUCUACAGAGCACCUGAGGUAAUAUUGGGAUGUGGUUAUGGCCAUGAAAUAGACGUUUGGAGUGCUGCAUUAGUUUGUAUCGAAUUAAUUACAGGAAAACCUUUGUUCCCUGGAUCAAAUGAAGUUGAUAUGCUUAGAUUAUUUAUAGAGUUCAUGAAAUAUCCUCCAAUUGAGCUCCUAAGGAAGUCUUCCAGAGUUUUAAAUUUCUUUGACGAUAAAUACCGUCCUUUAUUCCAUGUAAAGCCAGGAACUAAGAAUAUAUUAGAUUUUGUUGGAUCAAUUGAUCCUCAAUUCUAUGAUUUAUUGACUCAUUGUUUGAGAUGGCUUCCUUCUGAGAGAUUUACGCCAGAACAAGCUCUUGCACAUCCAUAUUUCAGCGAUAUAGUUCCACAGUCAAAUCUUCCAGAUCUCAGAGCUUCUUACAAAGGAGAAACUCUCGGAUAA